GUUCCCUUUUAUGGAGAAGGCAAGCGGUCGCGUGCGCACAUAAAGAGGCGCGCGGCGCGUUCAGCAGUGUCAGUGAUCAGCACAGCUGGGCAGAGUAACUGUUAGACACACCGGAACUCACCUGCAACAGACAUGGAAGACGACGUCUCUGCCCUCGUUGUUGAUAAUGGAUCUGGCAUGUGCAAGGCUGGCUUUGCUGGGGAUGAUGCCCCCAGGGCUGUCUUCCCCUCCAUCGUGGGCCGCCCCAGACACCAGGGUGUGAUGGUGGGAAUGGGACAGAAGGACAGCUACGUUGGAGAUGAGGCUCAGAGCAAGAGGGGCAUCCUGACCCUGAAGUACCCCAUCGAGCACGGCAUCGUCACCAACUGGGAUGACAUGGAGAAGAUCUGGCAUCAUACCUUCUACAAUGAGCUGAGAGUCGCACCUGAAGAGCAUCCAGUCCUGCUGACCGAGGCUCCCCUCAACCCCAAAGCCAACAGGGAGAAGAUGACACAGAUCAUGUUUGAAACCUUCAACUCUCCUGCCAUGUAUGUGGCCAUCCAGGCCGUGCUGUCCCUGUACGCCUCUGGUCGUACCACAGGAAUUGUGAUGGACUCUGGUGACGGUGUCAGCCACACUGUGCCCAUCUAUGAGGGCUAUGCUCUGCCUCAUGCCAUCCUCCGUCUGGAUCUGGCUGGCAGAGAUCUGACUGAUUACCUGAUGAAGAUCCUGACCGAGAGGGGCUACAGCUUCACCACCACAGCUGAGCGUGAAAUCGUACGAGACAUCAAGGAGAAGCUCUGCUAUGUGGCGCUGGACUUUGAGCAGGAGAUGCAGACCGCUGCCUCCUCUUCCUCCCUGGAGAAGAGCUACGAGCUUCCUGAUGGGCAGGUCAUCACAAUCGGCAACGAGAGGUUCCGCUGUCCUGAGGCGCUCUUCCAGCCCUCAUUCCUCGGGAUGGAGUCUGCUGGCAUUCAUGAGACGACCUACAACAGCAUCAUGAAGUGUGACGUAGACAUCCGUAAGGACCUGUAUGCCAAUACUGUGCUGUCUGGAGGCACCACCAUGUACCCUGGAAUCGCUGACCGCAUGCAAAAGGAGAUCACUGCUCUGGCCCCACCCACCAUGAAGAUUAAGAUCAUCGCUCCUCCAGAGAGGAAGUACUCCGUCUGGAUUGGUGGCUCCAUCUUGGCUUCCCUGUCCACCUUCCAGCAGAUGUGGAUCAGCAAGCAGGAGUACGAUGAGUCCGGUCCCGCCAUCGUCCACCGCAAAUGUUUCUAAACGACCUCUGCCCGGCAGUGAUAAGGCUUCAGUCAACCUCUUCCAGACUUUCUGCUUCAUCUUGAACAGAAUUAAAGAUGUCCAACAGCUGAACUGAAGAUCCAACAGUCUGGUUUGAGAGGAGCUGAUGCUUUCAGGUUUGGCCUGAAGGGUUUGAAAGCUCAAUGUCUAAAUCCAUCUUCCAUGAUCUGUACAGGAACACUAUUUGUCAUCUCAAAACUGGUUGCAGUUGUGGAAAAUAAAUAGUUCUUGGUUAAACA